AAAUAGCAAAACCCCCUAUUGAAGACCGAAGAAAAUUCCUACACAUUCAAACCCUAGCUCAAAAGAGGGCUUUACAAUCAAUCAUCAGAUUCAAUCCAACGAUCGAGUUAACCACUUCUUUAUCAGCUUCUUCUGAUUCUCAACAGAUCAACGAAAAAUCAUGGGGCAAGCUGAGAAAUUAAUGAACCAGAUCAUGGAGCUCAAGUUCACCGCCAAGAGCCUCCAACGUCAAGCAAGAAAGUGCGAGAAAGACGAGAAAUCCGAGAAACUUAAAGUCAAGAAAGCGAUCGAGAAAGGUAACAUGGACGGAGCACGGAUCUACGCGGAAAACGCGAUCCGUAAGCGUAGCGAACAGAUGAAUUACCUUCGUUUAUCCUCACGUCUUGAUGCAGUCGUCGCAAGGCUCGAUACGCAGGCCAAGAUGACAACGAUCAGCAAGUCUAUGGGAUCGAUCGUAAAGUCUCUUGAGUCAACCCUAGCCACGGGUAACUUACAGAAGAUGUCUGAGACCAUGGACCAGUUUGAACGCCAGUUUGUGAAUAUGGAAGUACAGGCGGAGUUCAUGGAGAGCUCGAUGGCUGGAAGCACUUCUCUUUCGACUCCAGAAGGAGAGGUCAACAGCUUGAUGCAGCAAGUUGCGGAUGAUUAUGGUCUGGAGGUGUCUGUGGGCUUGCCACAACCUGCUGCUCACGCAGUGCCAACCAAGAACACUGAGAAGGUUGAGGAGGAUGACCUUUCCAGGCGCCUUGCAGAUCUUAAAGCCCGUGGGUAAGUGAAAGUUUCAUGGUUUGUAGUAAUUCUUUUUGUCUAUGACACACUGCAAUUUCGGAUUGAAUCUGUAAAUUUGACUGGAUUAUAUCUUGUGUUUUCUCCUACUUUCUACGCACACUAUCUACAAUUUCGGAUUGAAUCUGUAAAUUUAUCUGGAUUA